AAGAUUUACAAAACCGGCGACCACCUCAAAACAAAACAAAACAAAACAGAACAGAACAAAAACCCUAAUUUCAACUCCAGCUCUUCCCUCUUAUCCUGCUCUAAUGUCGAUCGCCGACCACUUCAGCGGCAUGAACGACCCUCGAUUGAAGCCCCGGAUGCUUCAAUCUCUCAUCCGAGACCAUCUCCCCGAUGAUAGGCGCCCGUUUCCGAGCUCAUCGGAGCUCGCCUCCGUCCUCUCUCACGUGAAGACCCACGGACUCUUAUCGGAGCGAGAUCCGAACCCCGACCCGAACCCUAAGAUCGCUGAAGCUUGGAGAUCGACCGUCGAUGAGUGGGUCGAUCGCCUGCUUUCUCUCGUUUCCAGCAAUAUGCCAGAUAAGUGUUGGGCGGGUAUUUGUUUGCUGGGCGUGACUUUCGAAAGCUGUACGUCUCAUCGCUUCUUAGCAUCGUAUUCGCUUUGGUUCCAGAAGCUUCUGAAUAAUAUGCAGCAGCCAACUUCCAGCGCCAAUUUUGUCAAAGUGGCUUCAUGUGCUUCCCUGGCGGAUCUUCUAACAAGGUUGGCCAAUUUUCCAACCAUAAAGAAAGAUGCAACAUCACUUGUUGGAAAACUUAUUCAGCCUAUUAUCAAUUUAUUAAAUGAGGAUGAUGCCAAGGCUGUAUGGGAAGGAGCAGUUGAUUUGUUGUGCACUGCCAUAACCUUGUUUCCAUCUUCUGUUCACCGUCACUAUGAUAAUGUUGAGACUGUUCUUGUUUCUAAGAUGAUUUUAGCCAGAAGCAACUCAGAUAUGUCUAAGAAAUGUGCCUAUUGUUUAUCAUUACUUCCAAGGGUAAGAGGUGAUGAAGAUAGCUGGUCCUUGUUAAUGCAGAAGAUUCUAAUAUCAAUAAGUACGCUUUUAAAUAAUGCCUUUCAAGGACUAGAAGAAGAAGCUAAAAGUUCUGAGAUUAUGAGGCUAUUAAUUCCUCCUGGAAAAGAUCCUCCUCCUCCUUUGGGAGGCCAGUUGAUGUCAGAAGCAUUUGAACAGGCAACAAAAAUGCUUCCUGGAAUGAUCAUACCUCGAGUCUCUACUCUGAUGCACUGUUGUUCUAUGAUGCUUAGUAAUCCCUAUCCGGUUCUGGUGACCAUUCCGAUUCAAACUUUGCUAGCAUUGAUAGGGAGAGUGCUUCAUCUAGAUGGUUCUUUGCAAGGUUCAUUAUUGCUUUUCACCACUGCGAUGCAUCAAGAACUUCUGUGUGCAGAGCUUCCAUCCUUGCACUUGGACUGCUUGGAUCUUUUGGUUGCAGUCAUUAAGGGAGUGCGGAGCCAACUCUUGCCCCAUGCUGCCAAUAUUGUGCGACUCCUAACAGAGUAUUUCAGGAAAGCAAAAUUGCCUCCAAUAAGGAUAAAAGUUUAUUUUAUCAUGCAGACUUUGCUAAUUUCUUUUGGUGUUGGUAUGUCCCUAUAUCUUGCGCAAGAGGUAGUCGGCAAUGCUUUCAUGGACCUUACUAACGCUGAGGAGGUUGGGGCAUUGUCUUCUGGUAACUCUUCAUCAAAACCAAUACCAGUUUCCCACAGAAAAAGGAAACAUGAUUCUGGAUCACUAAUUGAGCAGCCAAAUGGGGUUAAUGUUGAAACUGGGGCACUUGACAGAAAAAUGCCAUCUCCUCUUUCUCUUAAGAUAGCUGCACUGAAAGCACUGGAAGCUCUUUUGACUGUGGGCGGUUCUUUGAAAUCAGAGAGUUGGCGGUCCAGUGUGGAUUCACUUAUUAUAAAUGUUGCAAUAAAUGCAUGUGAUGGAUGGGCCAGCGAAGGAAAGUAUCCCAGUUUAAAAGAUGAAUCAUUUGUCUCUUGGGCAGAUUUCCAGCUUGCCGGACUAGAAGCAUUGCUAGCAUCUCUUCUUUCCUCAGCCCAUGUUCGGCCUCCAUAUUUAUCACAAGGCCUUGAAAUUUUCCGCAGAGGGAAGCAAGAAACUGGAACAAAGCUUGCUGCAUUCUGUGCACAUGCCCUUCUGGCUUUGGAGAUCCUCAUCCAUCCACGGGCCCUUCCACUUGUGGAUGCUCCAGUCGCCAAAAGCUCAGCACUUGAUGAGAGAGCUAACCCCGAACAUCUAAACCCGAACAUAUCCUCCCUUGGUCUAGGUAAUUUCAAUAACCUAGCUGAUGAUGAUGACGACGAUGACAACAUAUACAAUAGCUGGCUUGGUGAUGAACCUGCCAUAGGUAGUAAUAAUGCAACUCAGCAGACAGAAAACCAAGAGGAUAUUUUGAGGGGCUCAGAGGCUUUAGCAGAAAAGAAUGCGGGAGACAUACAGGAGAAGAUGCAAAUUGCUGAUGCAGAGAUGGCAUCCACAGGUAGGGAAGCUAACAUCGAUGCUCAUCAAGAGCCAGCUUUAGUUUCCAUGUCUGAAAGCAGAAAACAAGAUGAGCAGUUUGCAAGCAGUUCAUCUCAAGGCAACGACCUUGACUCUCGACAGAACAUAAUUCCUGGCAGUUCCUCGGGCUAUAAGAUGGAGCCAAUAAAAAAUAUUGUGGUUUCAAGCAAUGACUUGAAUCUAGACCAAGGCACGAGCAAUAAUAGUUUGGAAAGCUUGGGUAUAAGCCUUAAGGAUAGGGAUUUAACAUCUUGUGAUUCUGAUUCGACAUCUAUCAACUCGCUGCCGGACAUUGUUGAUGCAGAUCCGGAUUCUGAUGAUUACUAGAAGUUUUGUAUUUUAUUUAGGUUCAGAAGGGGAAGUAAGAGACUUGCAAUCUAUUGCUAACCUUGUUAUGGUUUUAUCCCAUUGUUGCAUCUUUAAUGUAAUGAAUCUGAGAGUAUGCUCAUAUUGUAAUGUCUUUAUUGUUUUAUUUUUUCUAUAGGAAUAUGUAAGGAGGAAAUAACAUCUCCUAUUAUAAUCUCUAAGAAAAUGAAUGGUUCA